AUGGGGCCCUUGAACAGUCGAAUCCUGCGAUGCAGGGAGUCAGACACAGCUGAACCACAGCAGCUAGAAGCCCAGGCAGGUCCCAGUUAUGUGUUUGGCAGCCGCAAGCGCAAACAGAAGAGCAGACCUUGCUUGGGUCCUGAAUCUGAAAACAACUACGGGUUUCUAGACCAGGAGGAUGAUCUACAGAAAGUUGUCAGUACAAGCCAGGGUAAAAAAGUUAAGAUCGCAUCCGAGUAUGCUUACCAAACUUUAUUUUUGAAUGGGGAAAAUAGUGACAUUAAAAUCCGUGCUCUUGGGAAAGUAUGGUGUUUACACAAAAUGUUUUUAUGUCAGUUGGACUAUUUUGAUACUCUAUUUAGAGGUUCUUGGAAAGAAUCUCCCAAAGAUAUUAUUGAUCUGGAGAUUAAUGACCAGUAUAUAAAUGUAGAAUCCCUGCACUUUGUACUAGGCUCAUUGUACAAGGAUGAAUGCGUCUCAAUGGAGCCCCUUCAAGUUCCAGGAGUUUUGGCAACUGCAUGCCUGCUUCAAGUCGAAGACUUAAUUCAGCAAUGUAAUGAGACUAUGAAGGAAACAAUUAAUGUGAAAACUGUAUGUGGCUAUUAUGCGGCAGCAGAGACCUAUGGAUUAGAUUCUGUAAAGACAGGGUGCUUUGAAUGGCUUCUCCACAAUUUGAUGACUCAUCCAAGUGUUGAACUUUACAAAGACCUCAGUACAGAUCUUAUGAAUUUGCUCAUUUCUUCUUCUAAUUUAUUAGUAAUGCAAAAAGAAAUGGAUGUAUACACCACACUUAAAGAGUGGAUGUUCCUCCGCCUUAACCCUGCUUGGAACGGCUCAGUGAAACAGCUUUUAGUUAAGGCAAACAACUGGUUUUCCAGGCACAGGGAAGGUGUUGGUAACACUGCCUUUCUUGAAACCAAUCAAGGCAUAGUAUUUCAACCAGUAUUUAAAAAUUUGAGGUUUCAACAUAUAAUCUGCGACCUGGCCUCCGCAAGAGUUAUUGAACAAGAUUCUCUAAUACCUUCAAAAUGGCUAUCAUCUGUUUAUAAACAGCAAUGGUUUACCUUGCUUAGAGCACAACAAUACAGUGAAAUUGGGCCUAGAGACAUUAAUGAAACAGAACUUGAAGAAUAUAGCAUGAGAUGUGGCAAAAGGAUUGUCAAGGAUGGAAAGUAUUCUUGGAAGUGGUCAGGUUAUAACUUUGGCUUUCCUUUACAUGUCAUCUUCACCAGCCAUUAUAUAAUUUUCAAACAGAAUACUUUCAGUCAGCCAUAUGAUGGUUCCACCUGUUUACAGAAUCUAAGAAAUAUUGCAUUCAGAUUAACUUUGGUAUAUUUCGAUUCUAGUGGAAAAUUGAGUUUCAGAAAAACAACUGGUUAUAAAAUUCUUACUUUUGAAAGGGAUGAGGAACAAGUGGUAAUGAAGUUGGAUAGCAUAGCUCUCAGCUUCCCUUUAUAUAUAUUCUGUAACUUCCUGUUUAUAUCAUUAGAAAAUCCAGGAAAUCGGUAA